CUCGAGUUGUCCAGGAUAUUAGGUCGGGUUCUCAGGGUCGGGCUGUCUGUGGGUCGGCCUUGUCUAGGAUUCCAAAAUAGUACACCAUUAUCGGUACGGUAUCACCAUCAGCAAAGUCGAAAACGCUAGCACAACAUGGCAUUAAAAAGAAUAAACAAGGAGUACCAGGAUAUAAAAAGAGAUCCCCCACAACAAUGUUCAGCAGGCCCUGUUUGUGAGGAUAAUUAUUAUCAUUGGCAAGCAACAAUAAUGGGUCCGGGAAACAGUCCAUACCAAAAUGGUGUAUUUUUCCUCACGAUUCAGUUCCCAACAGAUUAUCCCUUCAAACCUCCCAAGGUUGCUUUCACCACAAAAAUCUACCAUCCAAAUAUCAACAGCAAUGGCAGCAUCUGCUUAGACAUCCUCAGAUCACAGUGGUCGCCAGCGCUCACCAUCUCAAAAGUACUCCUGUCGAUCUGCUCGCUGCUAUGCGACCCUAACCCUGAUGACCCCCUGGUACCUGAAAUCGCACAAUUAUACAAGAGGGACAGAGCACUGUACGAAGCAGAAGCUAAAAAAUAUACUUCCAAACAUGCCAUGUGACCUCCCAUGUGACCUCUCAUGUGACCUCUCAUGUGACCUCUCAUGUGACCUCUCAUGUGACCUCCCGAUAUUGACUCCAUCUCCUUAUUACAUGCCAUACAGAGUAGACUAAUCAAUUGGAGAUCAGUGUCUACCUGUACAGUCGGCAUAGAGCAAGAUUUUUCUGUUGUCAAUAGUAAACAAAAAUCAUAGAGCUUUCAUGAAAGAGAUAUUAAAGAGACGGAGUGAAUCCUCAUGUACUUUAUAACAUGUGCUCUGUUGUUUACCGAUCAUAUGGUUUGAAUUUUUCGGUUAGACCAUUAUAAAUGCAGACAUGAUUCUCAUUCAAACUGUGACUUAUUACGACCAAUAUUUGUAAGAAUUGUAGAUACCGUAAGCUUUAUCAGAUUAUAAAGGUACAAAGCACCAUGGAUUUAGAGUUGGAUUAAAAAAAAAAAUAUCUGGAUAUAGUACAGAUUAUAAGGGAAUAAAGCACCAUGGAUUAGAGUUGGAUUAAAAAAAAAAAAAUCUGGAUAUAGUACACUGUAGUUAUAGUAUAUGUCAGACUUCAUUCCAUUCGGUACUGAAAGUGAGAAAAGUUGGCACAAGGGGGAGGGUAAAAAGUAAUUUUUUUAAAAGUAAUUAGAACUGUGGAGUAUGUGUGUAUA